GCUGGCGGGGCUGGCUGGCUCGCAGGCGCGUCCCGCUGUCGGCCGCGGGGCGCAGGGUAGAGACGCGGCCCGGCCCGGCCGCCCCGCAGCCCGCAAUGCCCUGGGACUGCCGGCCGCGCUGGCCAUGCCGCGGGGCAUGGUGAGCCCGGAGCGGCCGCUCCCCGCGGGGACAUGGCAGGCGGCCUCGCUGCUCCGCUCCAGCCUCCUCCUCCUCCUGCUGCUGCUGCCGCGGGGCACCGGGGCGCAGAAAGGUGAUGCAUGUGGACACACUGUUCUGGGUCCUGAAAGUGGAACUCUUGCUUCGAUAAACUACCCACAGACCUCUCCAAACAGCACAGUCUGUGAAUGGGAAAUUCGUGUAAAGCCUGGGCAGCGAGUUCAACUCAAAUUUGGUGAUUUUGAUAUUGAUGACUCAGAUUCCUGCCAUUCCAGUUACUUAAGAGUUCACAAUGGGAUUGGCCCCACCAGGACAGAGAUAGGAAAAUACUGUGGAUUUGACUUUCAGAUGGAUGGUUUAAUAAUUUCAAAAGGUAAUGAAGUUACAGUGCAGUUCAUGAGUGGAACACACACUUCUGGACGUGGAUUUCUUGCAGCUUAUUCAACUACUGACAAAUCAGACCUAAUUACCUGUUUAGAAAAUGCAAGUCACUUUUCUGAACCAGAAUUCAAUAAGUAUUGUCCAGCUGGAUGUGUGAUUCCUUUUGCUGAUAUUUCAGGCACUAUUCCCCAUGGAUACAGAGAUUCAUCAUCGCUUUGUAUGGCUGGUGUUCAUGCAGGUGUUGUGUCCAAUACUCUUGGUGGCCAAAUUAAUGUUGUAAUCAGCAAGGGCAUUCCAUACUAUGAAGGAUCCCUGGCUAACAAUGUCACCUCAAAAGUGGGACCAUUAUCUACAAGUCUCUUCACUUUCAAGACAAGUGGUUGCUAUGGGACACUGGGGAUGGAAUCUGGGGUAAUCCCUGAUUCCCACAUCACAGCAUCAUCUAUUCUUGAAUGGUCUGACCAAACAGAACAGGUGAACAUUUGGAAACCAGAAAAUGCCAGGCUAAAAAGGGUUGGUCCCCCAUGGGCUGCUUUUAUCAGUGAUGAACAUCAGUGGUUGCAGAUUGACUUGAAUAAAGAAAAGAGAAUAACAGGUAUUAUAACAACUGGAUCAACCUUAGCAGAGUACUACUAUUAUGUCUCAGCCUACAGAAUUUUAUAUAGUGAUGAUGCACAGAAAUGGACAGUAUACAGAGAACCUGGCAUGGAUAAAGAUAAGGUAUUUCAAGGGAACACUGAAUUGUAUCAGGAAGUUCGCAAUAAUUUCAUUCCACCUAUUAUUGCACGUUUUUUUAGAAUUAAUCCCUUAAAAUGGCACCAGAAAAUUGCAAUGAAAGUAGAAUUGCUAGGAUGUCAGUUCAGUAUAGGCCGUGCUCCUAAAAUCACCAUGCCACCACCCCCUCCUCAGAACAAGAAUGACAACAAGAAUGAUGACUUCGUUCAUUCAGUGAAGACAUCGUUGCAGACAGAUAAAACAACUUUCACACCUGAAAUAAAAAACACCACAAUGACUCCAAGUGUAACCAAAGAUGUGGCAUUGGCAGCAGUUCUGGUUCCAGUGCUGGUGAUGGUCUUCACUACUCUGAUUCUUAUCUUAGUUUGUGCGUGGCAUUGGAGAAACCGUAAGAAAAAAUCUGAGGGUACUUACGAUCUGCCUUACUGGGAUCGUGCAGGAUGGUGGAAAGGAAUGAAGCAGUUUCUCCCAACCAAAUCAGCAGAACACGAAGAAACUCCCGUACGGUACAGCAGCAGUGAAAUUAGUCACCUGAGACCAAGAGAAGUUCCAACAAUGCUGCAAACUGAGUCUGCAGAGUAUGCUCAACCCCUGGUAGGGGGAAUUGUCAGCACACUUCAUCAGAGAUCAACCUUUAAACCAGAGGAAGGAAAAGAAGCAAGUUAUGCUGAUUUGGACCCUUACAAUUCACCCAUACAAGAAGUUUACCACGCUUAUGCUGAACCACUACCUAUAACUGGACCAGAAUAUGCAACUCCAAUCAUCAUGGACAUGUCCAGCCAUCCCAGCACACCUAUUGGCGCUCCUUCCAUUUCCACCUUCAAAGCUGCAGGGAAUCAACCUCCACCACUGGUGGGAACUUACAAUAAACUCUUAUCUAGGACAGACAGCACCUCAUCAGCACAGGCGCUGUAUGAUACACCAAAGGGGCAACCAGGGCCAGGUGCUGCUGAUGAAAUGGUGUACCAGGUACCACAGAGUGUGGCCACUGGGAGUAAGGAACAACUAAGUUAGCUCACAAGUAAGGUAGAAUAAUGGCUUGUUUUUAAAAGCCAGUUCUAUAAGGUGAUUGAUGGCUUGAUUUUUUUUUAAACUGCAUUGUUUUGAUAUUUUUAGUCUUAAAUAAUUCAAUGUUGAACUAAAAGAUGUGGUAUUGGAGGCCUGGGAAGCCAGUAAUUUGGGUUUCUUUAAGCUCUAUAUAUAAUUACAGCUUGUCUCCAGCAAAAAUCAUGGACUUUUUUAUUACUACUGUGCAAUUAUCUGUCAAAUGUUAAAGAACUCUUCAAGAUUAGCUUCAGUAAUUCAUACAUGUGAACGAUAAAUUGGGAGAAACAAAGUACAAAACCACAGAAAUUUCUUGCUAAUGGUACUAUUUGUGCAGGGGGAAAAACGCACUCCAAAGCUUCUAAUUUGACUAAAUCUGUAUGUAAGCACUAUGGCUUCUAAAAUUCAUUUUACCCUAUAAAAUGCCUGUACAAUUUUGGACUUUUUAAAACUACUAUAAGGACUGACAGCAAAAGUCCCAUUAACUUUAUGGCAUAAAACUGUUGUUGGCUCUAAAUUACAUUUUUUCAGUAUUUGUUCACAGGAUUAGGAAUCAUCAGCUGUGUGUUCCUCAGAAGGUUUACGCCAUUUUUGUCAGCCUUCCAAAACUACAAUGUGCUUUUUCUAUAAUGUUUUCUGCCUCAUCUUCUUAAGCCAGUCUUGUUCCUUCCUUGGGAUCCAGAAGGCACAGACUGUCAUACAAGCAAACUACAUGUCAACUGCUUUUAUGUCCUUCCCUAAGUAAAGGCUACCCUGAAUAGUGUCUGCCUUGAAUUCAGACUUCCUUGAUGGUCACUGUGCAAGAAGUAUCCAUGUGUUUGAGGUGACUGAAUUCAGGAAGGUUCUCCCUGUCCCCCUGUCCUGAGCCCUUUCUGCCCUCUAGAAUAUCUAUUGUGGUGUGUUUAGAUGUGAGCAUAUACAAAGAAAAAUAUGUAUAUAAUUUUGUGAGUGCUUAAGGAAGCACACAAAUAUUCUAAUGGUGCACAGUUUGUGUUAUACAUGCAUUUAGCACAGGUGGUACGUUUUUAGCACAACUGAAGAACUUUAGCCAUAGGGCUAUUCGUAUGAUUGUUCUUAUUAGAAAUAGAAAAGAUUCCAAAACUUUUGCAAGAGAACAAGUACUGUUCCAAAGAGUAUCCAUUUCAGAAAGCCUUGAAUGGAAUUUGUAUCCUUUGAAUGUUCCAGUGUUCUCUACUAUGAAAACGUUGGGGUCAGUCAUCUAUUUGAGAUAAUGUAGAGUAGUUUUAGCUUGGUAAUCAGGAAAUUAAAAUAAUUUGGAUAUUGUAAUUGCCAUUUUUAAAAUCUUGUUAGAAAUGAAGCACAGUUUUUUAACCUAACUAGUAGGGGAAAAAAACCCAACACAAUGAAGAAGCUUUAUUUUUAUUGUAACAGCACUGUUGGGAGGAUGCUGAAUUCAUUUAUACUUGUGACAACCCUACCUACACAUUAGCCCAGUUUUAUGGACAGUUUGUUUCUGUGAUACAACUCACAUCAGCUUUCUUUAUUGUCCAGGGUCCUUAAACUAGAUGAACAUCCAAAGCAAAACUAAAAUCCUGUUCAAGAGAGCUGUCGCUACCCAUGCCUUUAUACCAGUACAGUAUCCUAACUUACCACUUGGAAAUUUGUUUGCACAGGGACUAUAUGUAAACUCUGUAAUCCAAAAUUACAUGUGACCUGGUUCACAUCUGAAAUAAGUUAUUACAUGCUCUGUGUGACCUUAAAGCCCAGUUCUGCAAUUUUUGGUCGCUCCUUCUCAUUUAUUGAGAAUUCUUGGGUGUCUAAGCCUAAAUGUGAAUGUAAGGGUGGUAUAUAAAAAAAACCCAAUCAUGAAAAAGAAAUUUCUGCCUAUAGUAUUUUUUAUGUUAUUGCAACUUUUUUUGCUUGAUAAAGCUGGUCUACAGUCUUUGUAGUUUUGCUUAACCAGUAUGUGUUCUUACCCAUCAGCAGUAACUAUGACUUUCAAAUUUUGUAGGAUGCUCUUAUUUGAAAGGGGUAGGACAUUACUGUACCAAGAUGUUACAUACUGAAACCUCUGUAUUCUCAAACUGUACAAGGUUAGAAAAAUUAAUCUACCAUAAAAAUAAAUAGUGGUUCAAGUCAGUAAAAUUAACACUCAGAUUUAAUUUUUACUGUAGGCCAGCAAUGGUAGAACUGUGCAUAUACUGUAGGCUAAGAUGGUUUAUGAAUUAAACAGUUUCUCUGCAGUGGGUCAUUUUUUUAAGAUCCUUUUCUGAAAUAAACUGGUCCUGAGCUUUGCUUCCUGCUUUCAACUUUGAACAUGUUAUCUGCUAGGGCUAGGAAGAUAAGUUUGAAUAUGUAAUGGUUGGGUUUAAAAUGUAUGCUACAACCUGUUAAACAUUGAUUCCCAAAUGUAAGUUGCAUGACACACUAAAGAUUAGCAUUCUCCUGUGCACAAUACAAGCAGAGGUACAUUUAAUGGGUCUCUUACAUGUGAAGAUUUAUGGAUAUAAAAUAUAUUUCAAUCUUACUUGGCUUGAGUAUUCUCCCAGAAUGUAUGUUCUUACCUCAGCAUGUAUGGUAGUUGCUCAGUAUUUGUAUAUGUUGCUAGAACUUAGACUGUAUAAAUAGUGAGGGAUUUUUAUAUGUAUGUUAAAAAGUUAUUUUAAAUAAAUUGUACAUAUGUAUUAC